AGCAAAUUAUCAACGCAAAUUAGAGAAAACUCAGUGUCUUUGUCUAGUGGUUGAGGAAAAAAAUUAAGCUUGAGAGACAUAUCAAAGAAAAAGAGAGACAGAUUGAAACAAAAGAAAGAAGAUUUUUGUUGACAAACAUGGUAACUUUUGGUAUUGUUCCAAGAGUUGAGACCUUGUCAAGCAGUGGGAUUCAAUCGAUCCCAAAAGAGUAUGUGAGACCCCAAGAAGAGCUUACCAGCAUUGGUAAUAUCUUCGAGGAAGAGAAAAAAAUAGAAGGUCCUCAAGUUCCAACAAUCGACUUAAAAGACAUUGACUCCAUGGACGAAGCAGUAAGAGACAAAUGCAAAGAGGAGUUGAAGAAAGCGGCCAUGGAUUGGGGUGUCAUGCACCUUGUUAACCAUGGAAUUCCCGACGAUCUCAUCGAACGCGUCAAGAAAGCUGGCCAAGCUUUCUUCGACCAACCAAUUGAAGAAAAAGAAAAAUACGCAAACGAUCAGGUUUCGGGGAAAAUCCAAGGCUAUGGAAGUAAGCUUGCUAAUAAUGCUAGCGGCCAGCUCGAAUGGGAAGACUAUUUCUUCCACCGUAUUUAUCCUGAAGACAAGCGAAACUUGUCCAUCUGGCCCAGAACCCCUUCAGAUUAUAUAGAGGCAACGAGCGAGUAUGCGAGGCUACUGAGAGGACUAGCGACGAAGGUACUGUCCGUGCUAUCCCUCGGUUUGGGACUUGAAGAAGGGAGAUUAGAGAAGGAAGUGGGUGGUAUGGAAGAACUUUUACUUCAGAUGAAGAUAAACUACUAUCCAAAAUGUCCGCAGCCAGAACUAGCUUUAGGUGUUGAAGCACAUACUGAUAUAAGUGCACUCACUUUUAUCCUCCACAAUAUGGUACCCGGCCUACAACUUUUCUACCAAGGAAAUUGGGUUACAGCGAAAUGUGUUCCCAACUCCAUUAUCAUGCAUAUUGGAGAUACCAUUGAAAUCUUGAGCAACAAGAAAUACAAAAGCAUUCUUCAUAGAGGACUUGUGAACAAAGAGAAGGUUAGGAUUUCUUGGGCUGUUUUCUGUGAACCGCCAAAGGAUAAGAUCAUUCUGAAACCGCUGCCCGAGGUUGUUUCCGAGACUGAAUCUCCGCUGUUUCCACCUCGCACUUUUGAUCAGCACAUUCAGCACAAGCUCUUCAGGAAGACUCGAGAGGAACUAAUCACUUAAUCCAAAUAAGACAUCUUGUUGAUGAUCUUUUUCAUUAUCUGUCGCUAUUAUUAUUAUUGUUGUUGCUGUUGUUAUUAAAUGUUGUGGCUGUGGUCGCUUCCUUUUGUUUGUUUUGGUCUUUCGGUUACUUUUAUGCUAUGUGGUUCUCUUUUCGUUGGAAUAAAUAGUUUUCAUGGUCUUUUCUGAUA